AGAGAGAGAGAGAGAGAGAGGGGUGAAUGACAUGAGCAAAGAGUUUGAGUAGUUGUUUUAUUGCAGUGUAGUGCAUUGAACACUGCAGUGCAUUCUGCUACCUCUGCUUCUGACAGGCUGCCAUCAUGUACUUCAAACCCCUUCUCCUUCUCCUCUUCCUCUCCCUGUUCUUCAUCCAUGCAGAGUUGAAACGUGACAAGCAUGAUAAACACGAAAAACACGGUAAACAUGAAAAGCACGGCAAGCGUGGAAGAAAAGGCGGAAAGCACAGAGGGAGAGUGGAGGAACUGUUGGUGGACUACGACAUAUUUGAGGAGGGGAGUGAAGAUGAUGAAGAUGAUGAAGAAAUUGACUGGCUGUUAAAACUUCAGGAUGUUAGAGGGCAAUGUAAACCAAACCCUUGUAUGAAUGGUGGUGUGUGUGAGGAAAGAAGAGGAAAGUUUAAGUGUGACUGUCCCAAGCCUUUUAAAGGCAGACGAUGUGAAAAAGCUAAAAAAGUUUGUAAGAAGAGAACAUGUGGACGUGGGCAGUGCCUCGUCACCUCGACUCCACCAUUCUAUGAGUGUAAAUGCAAAGAGCCCUUCAAACCUCCACAGUGUCGAACCACUGCUCCUUGUGACCCGAACCCUUGUAAGAAUGGAGGGACUUGUGUGAAGGAUGGUCAGGACUUUGACUGUGAAUGCACUGAAGGCUACAGCGGCAAUUACUGCCAAGUGGGUCCUGAUGACUGCUAUGAGGGAGAUGGUGAGUCAUACAGGGGCAAAGUGUCUGAGACAGAAGAUGGACAUGAGUGUCUGUACUGGAACUCCUAUUUCAUCUUGGACAGAGGAACUGACCCGUUUGCUGCUUAUAAAGGAGACGAUGGCCUGGGUCCCCAUAACUACUGCAGAAAUCCAGAUGGAGAUUCUCGUCCAUGGUGCUUUAUCAGAAGGGGAAAGAAGCUUCGCUGGGAGUACUGUGAUGUGAGGAAAUGCUCUGAUCCCACAUCCAGCCCAUCCACAACCGAGGCUCCUGAGACCCUAUCCACCACACCAAAACCCCCUGAAACAAUCACCACUGCUCUUCCAAAGCCGACAGAGAGUCCUGUGGCACCAACAACUUCUGUGCCGAAGCCAUCCGAACCCACAGGCACCAAUGUGCCGCCGCUGGCUACAACUGAACUUGCCAAUGUCACAAGACAGUUCCGAUCCUGUGGGAAGCCACAGCCACGUCGGUCUAUAACCCGCAUCUACGGUGGCCUGAAGUCAAUUCCCGGAUCUCAGCCAUGGCAAGCAUCUGUGCAGAUCAGACCCAAAGGGUCCACUGCAGACUUCCGACACAUUUGCGGAGGAACAGUCAUCAAAUCCUGCUGGGUGCUCACUGCUGCCCACUGCAUAGAGCCAGGACAAGACAUCCGGGUUGUUCUUGGAGGGGUUGACCUGGGGAAGACAGAGAGCAUUGAUCAGCUGCUGGAGGUAGAGAAAACCAUUGUCCAUGAGGACUACAAGGAGACCUCUGAAGCAGUCCACAAUGACAUCGCUCUGCUGAAGCUUAAAGGGGCUAAUGGAGACUGUGCUGAAGAGACUCAGUUUGUGAAGGCGGCCUGUUUGCCUAACGGACCGUUCCCAGACGGGACAGAGUGUACCAUUUCAGGAUGGGGAGCCACAGAGGCCUCGGACUAUGGUUCGAGCCAGUUGCUGGAUGCAAAAGUGCUGCUGAUCUCCCAGGAUAAAUGUUCAGACAAAAAAGUGUAUGGCAAGGCCAUUGACGGGACCAUGUUCUGUGCUGGACAUCUGAAGGGUGGCGUGGACUCUUGUCAGGGUGACUCUGGAGGACCAUUGACCUGUACAGAGGGUGACACACACUAUCUGUAUGGUAUCGUUAGCUGGGGAGACAGCUGUGGAAAGGAGAAUAAACCUGGUGUUUAUACCCGUGUCACCAACUAUGUCAACUGGAUCAAAUCAAAAACGGGGCAAUAGUCAGCACCAGUGGGCAUAUAUGACAGUACUUUAAGAAAAGCUACCACAGGGACUCUACAAUAAAACAGCGGAUUUUGUAAUACAAAGUGUGGUCAUCAGGGUGGGUAAAACUUUAAUCUCUCAGUAUAGUUCAUUUCAUUAAAAAUGGCAUAAUGAAAAAUAACCUUACUUGACUUUUUGAUUUUGAUGAAUUAUGAGUUCUUUUACACAAUGUAGCCCAUAACAGUGUAUAGGAUAUGUGCCUGUAUUACUUUGUGACCACACACUUGAAAUGCCUAGCUAUUAAAGUCUGUUUCCAACCCAGA